GGGGGGGGGAUGGGGGCUGUGAGAAAUUCUCUGUAGGGGAGACCGUGUCCUUGGCGGGAUGAACCCAAAGGGGCCUUUAAACAGCCCGCUGCACUUUGGGCUGCGUUUUCUGCCCUUCUUUCCCCUCCCCCCGCUGUCCUUUUGUCAUUUUUCCAUGCUGGAUGUCAAUGUGCCACGGGUCCCCCUCCUCCUGGCCCGUGGGGACAGCCCGUUGCAGAGGGCACUGCUGGGCAGAGGUGGGAUGGAGGGCUCUGGGAGGUCCUUCUGCACUCCAGGGAGAAGGCAGGCUGCUGCUGCUGCGUGUCCUGGGGGGGGCUGGGCUGCUUUGGCCACCCCAGCAAAGGUCACAGGGACACUGAGCCCCCCCACCCCAUGAGACCCCACAGUGCUGGGCUGGGGAUAGGAGCUUUGCUUCCUUUCUUCCUCAUGGGCAGCCUAAAUGCCUUCUUAAUUUCAUCUCAUUAUUCCCUGCCUAAAUAAUUCCUUUUUCCUCCUUGGGGGCCGUGUUUAAAACUUUGAUCUCCUCUUGACGACUCGUGGUCCUGAGCGCAUCCUUUCUGUUUAAAUGGAUCCGAUGCCUUUUUGACUCGUGAUUUUAUACAUCUGCCCACCAAGGAGUUCAGGGAGCCCUCAUACAGCAGGGGAAAAACACAACACCCCACCAUCUCUCCAUCCUGAGCCACAGCACUCAGGGCUGACCCAGAGCCGUUUGUGAAGUGCUGCCUGGCUUCUCAUCACCAUUACUGCUGUUCUCAUCCUCCCCCCCCCUCCCUCCUGUCCCCUCUGCUCUGCUGACGGAUGGCGUUGCCUGGACUCGGGCCCAGCCAGGGAAUUGCCAUCCCCAGGUCAGGAGCGGGUGAAUGUGCCCGAGGCUGAUGGAUGCCUUUCCCCACUAUGGGGUCACAGCUGGUGUGCUGCACAGCCCCGGCCCCCUCCGUGCUCCCCAUCUCCCAGGGGUACUGCUGACAUGGAGCGCAGCUGGAGGGAUGGAGAUGAGCGGCCACAUAGGUGUCAGUGUGCUGAGGACGAUGGCGGAGGAAGGCUGGUGUUACUGGGAGGUCUGUGCUGGGUGAGCCGUGCAGCUUCUUGGUGGAUGUGUGGGCUGUGUGGGGCAGGAGAACUGCCCUGGUUGGGGUCUUGCUCCUGAUGGCACCUCGAUACGGUGUGGGGACGGAUCCUUUCCCUCCCAGCUCAUUUGGCACCAGCUAAUUGAGCUCCAUGGAGGUGGACGUGCCAUCAGUGGGAUGUGUGUCUGGUGCCAACCAGGUCUGCAUGGCUCCAGUGAGGCCGGGCAGGGGCAGGGAGCCCAGCCAAACAUUAUUGUUAUUACCCAUACGUAAAUACAGGCAUUAAUGACCUUGGCAUGGAGCGUUUCCUGGGAAUUAAUGGCCAGUUGGCGUUAAUGGUCCUUAGCAGCACCUCGGGCCAUCGGCUCCUCCCAGCCCAUCAUUAAUCCACAGGAAACGUCUCGGGCAUCGAUCCUCAUUGUUUAAUUAAUAAACGCAGCUCAUCUCCCCGGCUGAGACUGGGAGGCACUGGCUGCUGCUUUCCCCACCGCCUGCGAGGUGCCUUUUUCAAGCAGAGGUCUCUCCCACGCCUGGCUUUAUUUUGCCAGGCCUCCGUGGCUGUGUGCAGCAUGGGCUGCGAAGGCGCUGUGCUGCUGGCAGGCAGGAGGAAGCCCAAGGCUGGGAUGCUGUCGGUGUCUCCAGCUUUUAUCAACAGUUGGCUUGUGCUGCAGUAUAAAUCACGUUAAUUCCUCAGGUACUUUUCCGUGGUGAGCCUGAAAUUCCCAUUUUGGUUUGCUGUCUUGCCUGGCAAACUAAAUUAUUUUCAUGGCCCCUUAAGGGCGUAUUGUCAGCCCAGACUUACUGCCAUUAUACACCAUAUCUGAAGCAUUAAUAUCUCUUCUAAAUAUAGUGUAUUGACAAGGUAUCUGCUAUAGUGUAAAUCCUUGGGACAUUUGAUCCAGAUCAUUAAAACCGAGUGAAGGAAGGGAGGAAUAGAUCAAGUUACCUCGCUGCUCUUAAUUCAAACAAGCCAUGAAUUAUUCAUCCCACUAUUAAUUCUGCAGCCCUCCCGCUUUUUAUUUAUUUCUCCCCGUAUUUAUUUUUUCCCUCUCGGACAGACGGCUCCGGAGAGAUGCUCAGGUGGUGGUGACAGCAGGAUGGGGCGCGGGGCUGUGGGCUGCAUGCAGGUUCUGGCCCUGCUCUGCACGGUGCUCGGGGUGGCCCCGAGUGGAGGUAAGGUUCUGUGCAUAGCGGGGCCGGGGAUGGCUCGGCAGCACUGUGUGUGCAGGUAGGUGGGGUGGGGAGUCCUCGGUCAUGCUUAUUUUAGGCGGUAGGUGGGCGUUGCCUUGUGGUUGUAGGCGCUUUGCUGAAGGGUUUGUUAGCUUCUGGAGUCCCACACGCGUAUAUACAUACGUACACGUCGGUGUAUAUGUAUGUGUUUGUAUGUACGUGUGUGCUGCUUGCUGUGUGUGCAACAAAACCCACGUGUUAUGUGUACAGUGUGACCCCUGGCACAGGCCACAGCACUCCGUGGCAUCGGGGUGGGACAGCUCGGCCGGUUGUUUCAGCCAGCUGGCAAUAUCCCUCCCCUAAAUGCAGAGCAGCCCCGGCACCCCAUGCUCAGUGACCCACCCCUCCUGCGGGAUUCCCUCUCAGGUGUGAAUUCCAAGCACACCGGGCUUUUAGCACAGUCCUGUGUGGUUUGAUUGCCUAUCGCUGGUAAUUAGCGAGGCACAGAGAUCCACCAGCACUGCUGCUCGUGCACACGUGCACACCAGAUCUGCUCACAGUGCAGCACUGUGCGCAUCCACUGCUCCCUCCCUUGCCAGGUCACCACACCAGCAAGCAUAAUGGACAGCAGUGUGCAAUGGCUGAGUAUUGAUUUGCACAUGCUUGGCCCAGAUUGAUGGCAGUGAGCAUGCAGCCAUGUUUGGGAACCAGCACGUGUUCCCCAUAGGCUGCACAGGGCCUGCUCCCCUCCCAGAUGCGAUGUCUGUGCCCGCUGUGCAGCAUAUUCACCCAAGCCUGGCUCCCUCCCUGCCUUAUUUCAUUAUAACCGUGUCUCAGUAUAAAGAUUUCAUUAGAAAAUCAAUCCCUACAUGCACAGCUCAUUGUGAAGCACAUCGAACCCUUCAUCCCUGUAUCUCCUAUCCUGAAUUCACCGACACCACCUUUGCCUGUAUGGAGUGUUUCGAGCAGGUGUCAAAAAGCUGAAGGGAUGGGCAGCCCGUGGGCUAACCCUAUAUUUAACACCUCUCUUGAGAGCCCCUGUAAUCGGGGAGCUGAGUAGCACCUCCUGCCCAGAGGCUCUGUGGGGCAGGAUGCUGCAGCUGCCCCCCUGGCAUGGGACUGGGGAUGGGGCUGCCUUAGCCAUGCUGCCUUGUCUGCAGGUGCUGGAUUUUCCCCCCUGGAGCUUCUGGGAAAAGGAGAGUAUGUUUCUGGCUGAGAACCAGCCAGGGUGUAACCACUGCUCUCUUAAAACUUCCUCUUUACUUUCUUUUUCCCAGCAGGAAAUAGAUACUGACACUGAGCUGUAGGUGGCCCAGCAGGACGAGCUCAUGGAAAUGGUCAAGUGUGGGAGCCCAUCACUCAGCAGGGCUGCUGGGGGUGGAGGAGGAAGUUACACAGAGGGAAAGAUGGCAGUGGGGAGGACGCGCGUACUGCAGGUCUCCCUGGACACCUCUUCUAGGGCUGGAUGGUAUUUUGGCAGCGCUGGUGUUAGGAAGGAGCUGUGGUGGGAUGGAGAUGGUGCUGUGCACCCCGUAUAGUCCAGUCCCGCUGCCCGCCAUCUCUUCAGGCAUUUCCUGGAAGGGGUUCAUCACAUCUGCCUCCCACUCCUUUUUCCUGUCAUCAGGCAUCAAAUGUGGCGGGGUGCUCUCAGCACCCUCUGGCAACUUCUCCAGCCCCAAUUUCCCGGGGCCGUACCCCUACGAGACGGAGUGCACCUGGCUGAUCGUGGUGGCCGAGGGCUCCUCCGUCCUGCUCUCCUUCAGCCACUUUGAGCUGGAGUACCACGCCGCCUGCGCUUACGACUAUCUCCAAGUCUACAACGGGGCAUCCCGGGACCAGGGCAACCUCCUGGGCACCUUCUGUGGCCGCAGUGCCCCACCGCCUUUUGCCUCUGCCUGGCACGUCAUGGCUGUGGUCUUCCGCUCCGACCGGCAUGUGGCCAAGCGUGGCUUUGCCGCCACCUACCACAAAGAUGCGUGUGGUGGGCAACUGACGGGGCUGUCUGGGGAGAUCACCAGCCCGCGGUACCCCGAGAGCUACCCCAAUGACGCAGAGUGCCACUGGAGCAUCAGGGCGACUGAUGGGCCCCUCACUCUGGUCUUUGCUGACUUCCAAGUAGAGGGCAGCCAAGGCUGUGGCUUCGACUAUGUGGCCCUUUUCGAUGGCCCCACCGCUGCUGCCCCCCACCUGGGUCGCUACUGCGGUAGCACCCGCCCGCCCCGCACCGUCUCCUCCACCCGACACCUCUUCAUCCUCUUCAAAUCAGACUUCAACAUCGUGGGCAGGGGCUUCAAAGCCCAUUUCUACUCAGGUGAGUGCCAGGAAGUCUACACCACCAUCAAGGGAAACUUCUCCAGCCCUCAGUACCCCAACUUCUACCCCAACAACCUCCAGUGUCAGUGGAGCAUCCAGCUGCCCCCAGGCUACCGCAUCAAAGUCUUCUUCUUGGACCUGGAGCUGGAGGCUCGGAGCAGCCUGACCAGCGGCUGUGACUACGACCGCCUGGAUGCCUUCGAUGGCGGAGCUGAGAACGCCUCCCUGCUGGGGACGUGGUGUGGGAGGGAGAGCACAGUGCCUGUCACCUCUCGCAGCCAUCAGCUGCUGCUGGUGCUCCACACGGACCGCAGCACGGCCAAGCGGGGCUUCUCCCUUGCCUACGUCGGAGUCGUGCCCAUGAACGUCAGCUGCACGCGGACGGACUUCCACAUCCAGAUCCCCGUGCAGGCCCUGGCCCAGCUGCAGAGGAACAAGGUGUAUUUGGGGGUGCCCUCCUGCGUGGCUCAAGUGGUCGGUUCGCACUUCAGGAUACACACCCGGUUCGACACGUGUGGCACUGAGUCCCAGAGACGAAACAACACGUCCGUCAUUGUCAGCACGCUCUACAUCGACUUCUCGGCGGGCGGCCAAGAGGACAUCCACCGGUACGAGGUGCAGUGUGAGCCCAAGAGGAAGGAAGCCUCCGUGUCCCUCAUUGCCGGCCCCGACCCGCACAGGCUGAGCCAGGCAGAAAACAUGGUGGAUGUGCAGCAGAGGGGGGCGGGAGCGAUGGAUGCCCACGAAACCAAGAGCCAGGACACCAGUGACAUCAUCUUCAUCAGCAUCUGCAUUUUGGCUGGGCUGCUCAUGGUCAUUGCUGUGGUUGGGCUCGUGCUGCUGUAGCAAACUCAGGUUGGAAAUGUGACCCUUGCCCCAGGUUCAGCGCUAACACAGCUGCUGAAAUGGGGAUGGUGAAACAAAGCCUGAGCCCAACCUCCCCCUCAUCCCCACGCCUGAGAUCUGGGUGGUAGGCAGCCGUUUUCCUUCCCAUCAGUUUUCCUCUGUCUCUCAAUCUGUCCAUUUGGCUCAGGAAUGCACUUCUUAUGCUCCGUAACUAUUCCCACACCUGCUUCCAUUUGUUUUCUCUCUGGUGCCUCUACUUUCGGGAAAGCAACGCUGUUUGCUGAUGGGCUGGAAGUAAUCCUGUCGACUGCUGAAUUCCUGAACAUAGCAACUGCCCCCAAAUACAGCCGUAUUUGUAACAAA